UUUUACCUUAAACAUGGCUUCAGCUGCAGCAGGAAGUGUGGUGGUGGUCACUCAUGUGCACCCAUUACCCCAGGGUCUUGGACACCAACAUUAUGUGGAUACUCCGGGGAGGUUCAGCAAGGGCCGGCUACUGGCGCUUGGGACUGUUCAGAUCAUGAUUGGCCUGAUGGUGCUGCUGUUUGGGGUUGCUAUGGCAGUUAAUGCAGAUACAAUUGGAGUCUUCAGUGGGAUUUUUGUCUGGGGAGCUUUGUUUUACAUCGCAGCUGGAUCUCUGACAGUGGCUGCUGGGAAUUCUAUGAACUGUUGCAUGGUGAGGGGUGCUUUGGCUGUCAGUGUUGUAGCAGCAGUUGCUUCCACUACUGCAACCAUCCUCUACGGUCUGGAUGCUGCAGGAUUGAUGAACUCAUGCUACGUCACUGGUUCCUGGCAGUCCAUCUGCUACCUGUAUUUGAGUCGGAUGCAGGGGUUUUCAGGGGUCUUGGCUAUUUUCCAUUUUCUAGAGCUCAUCGUUUCAAUCACUGUCGCAGCAUUUGCCUGCAACGCUACUUGCAACUGCUGCGCAGAGCGGCCAUCAAUCGUCUCCAUACCCGAGAAUGGUCCAGUGACUACACAUGCUGCGUCCACUUUCCAAGCACCAUCUGUCUCAGUGGCUAAUGUCCCCUCACAGAUAGUGACAGGCUAUAAAAACCCAGAGGAAACAAGACCUACCGUUCUGAGUGAUCCUCCACCUUACAAUGCUGAGUGUUGAGUGUUUACAAUGCUCAAUGUUGAGUCCACACUGACUGUCCUGCUCUGAAUACCUGACAUCAUGACUACCCAUCCCCUGAAAUCUCAUGCUUUUUCUGGCUUUACUCACUGCAUUCGCUACAUGCACACCAAUAGGUGACAUAUUAACAUGCUGUUAAAUGGAACCUGAAAGAAUUUAAAAAUCUAAAUUAAAUCAGUCAUUAACUGAAUUUCAUAUAUAUUAGAAAUGUUUGAUUUGCCAACAUGAAGCUACUUCAAAUAAAUGCUAUACUUAAAGAAAUGAUAAAA